AUGUCACAAAUAUUACCCUUCACAGAAGCAAACACCAAAAGAGUAUCUUCAUUAUUCAGACAAGCAUUACGUACCGCAUUUGACCAUUCAUUGAAAUUUGACUUGUAUCGCGCUCAAACCAUAAAUAUCCGCUCGCAGUUUGAAGCUAAUAAACAUAUCAGCACACCGGAGGAGUUGGAGAAAGUUAUUAAAGCCACUGAAGCGAAAUUGAAGGAAUGGAAACAUCCUGAUCCUUAUAUUCCUCCUUGUAGGCCUGGUGGAACCAAAUAUCAAAGAAAUAUCCCUGUUGCUAGAGAACCACUUGUGCCUGGCGAUUGGUAA